GCCAUGGGGGGGAAGAGCUUCCGCCUCGGCAUCCCGACCCUCGCCGUCCUGCUGCUGGCCGCCGCCUCGGAGGGUGCGGAGCCGCCGCCGAGCUGCGAGGCGGUCCGGAAAGUUUUCCAGCUGCGGCGGCUCGGCCCGCUCGGCGGCGUCCCGGAGCUCCCGCGGGCAGGUGUUGAUCUCCAGGUUUGUACUUUGAAAAAUCCAACGUGCUGUACCAAAAAGAUGGAAGAAAGGUAUCAGAUUGCAGCAAAGCAAGAUAUACAGCAAGUGCUUCAAACAUCAAGUGCUACAUUAAAAUUUUUAAUAUCUCAUAAUGCAGCUGCUUUUCAAGAAACCUUUGAAAUGCUCAUCAGACUGGCUGAGAAUUACACAAGCACACUUUUCUGCAAUGAGUAUAGAAACAUGGCUGCUGAGGCUACUGUGCAUGUGCAGGAGUUUUUCACAGAUGUUGGGCUCUUCUUAUUUGGCACAGAUGUCAGCACAGAGGAAUUUGUGAAUAGAUUUUUUGACACCCUGUUUCCAGUAGUUUACAACCAUGUGAUUAAUCCUGGUCCGGCUGACAUUUCCCUGGAAUAUGCGGAGUGCCUCCGAGCGGCGAGAGGAGACAUCGGGCCCUUUGGCAACGUUCCCAAAAAGGCCGUAGGACAAAUGGGAAGAUCACUCUUGCCCAGCCGGACUUUCUUGCAGGCUCUGAAUUUGGGGAUUGAAGUGAUCAAUACAACAGAUCACCUGCGCUUCUCCAGAGACUGCAGCAGAGCUUUGCUGAGAAUGCAGUAGUGCCCCCACUGCCAGGGGCUGACGCUGAGCAAGCCCUGCAUGGGCUACUGCCUCAGCAUCGUGCGGGGCUGCCUGGCUGGUGUAGCAGAGGUUGAUCUCCACUGGCAGGGGUACCUCCAGUGCCUGGAGGAGCUCUCGGGAGCCCUGAGCGGAGCACACGGCAUCGCACACCUGCUGCUGAACUUCCAGUCCCUUCUUCGUGACGCUCUGGAACAGGCUCGGAUCAACGGGCCGGAAUUAUCUGAGCAGGUGAAUAAGAUAUGUGGCCCUCCUGUAAGAAAGCCUGAACAUUCUCCAGGUUGCUCCUUUGAUCAGAACAAAGAUAAUCAAGGGUUGAAGAUGUUCUCCAGAGACAGUGAACAAACACUCACCAACAGAAGAAAGGAGUUUAUCAGGCACCUGCGGCCCUACCGAGCCUUUUUCGGCGGCCUGGCGGAGCAGCUGUGCGGGAGCGAGCUGGCGGCUGCCGAUGGGCUCCGCUGCUGGAACGGAGACGAUGUCGUAAGGAGGCACUGCAUAUGAUGCCUGUUGAGUGCAAGAAACU